CCGAGGUUAAGUAUUGAAUGGCCCCCGUAAUUCAGGUAAUUGAGACACUUUUCUCACUCCAACGCUGUCAGAACUUUUGUAUAUCUUGGUGCAUAUUUCGAAUUUUGAUUUUGUCCCCCUGAGUUUGGAACCAUGAUGGACCUCCUGAGCCUCCCGUCGGAGCUUCUGGGCCAAAUCGUUUCUUUUGUUGCUGAGCCCGACGACGGCGACGACUGGGUUCCAGAGAAGAUUAGGAGAUUGGCCAACAAGGCCGAUGAUGAUGAUGAUGAUGAUGAUGAUGAUGAUGAUGACGAGUUCCACGACGUGGAAACCAGAGCCCUGUGCAACCUUUGUCUCUCCUGCCGCAAGCUGCGUGAACUAGCUCAGCCCCUUAUAUUCCGCGCCUUCGUCGACGAGGGCGAUUUGAGCAGAACCCUUUUGCUCACUAAGAGUAUUCACCGUCGUCCGAGCCUGGGAGAAUAUGUUCAUUAUGUUCGCAUCAUCCCGGCUCCGAUAUCCUUAAAGAAACCUUCCUCCCCCCACAAUCUCGAAUUCUUUCGGGAUGCCGUUCGCAAACUGCAAUUAGGCGAUGAGGAGAAAGCCUGGUUUAAAGCGCUGGACGCAAACGAUCUGAGCGUGUUUAUAGCCCUCUUACUUAGCAAGACACCCUAUAUUCGACACCUGGCUGUUCCUGGCGGUCUGAUCUACACAAACCCGCUGCAGCAUAUGUUCAGUGUAAACCCAUCAUUUCUCUCCAACCUCGAAACGCUAUGGGUGGACAGUAAUGAAGGGUUUUCCGGCUAUUCCAUAUCAGCGUACGAGGAAAUUCUGAAUCUCCCUAAACUAAGACUACCGACCUUCGAAUACGGGGACCUCGUCGGGGGACUUUUUCCUUCCAGCUGGGCGCCUGGCACACUAGCUGCAGAGGAACUAAUGUUUAUGUUCUGUUAUAUUGAUCCAACCAGUAUCAUGAAGCUCAUGCAGGCAUGCAAAAAUGUAAAGUCGUUUACUUACGCGAAUUUCAGCCUUCUCCAAAGGGACAAGCCCAGGAUGACAGGAAUGCGCGAGUUCAUUGCCACUGAGCUGCUUGAGGCUCUCCUCCCCCAUAAGAAUACCCUUGAAUCUCUUCACAUUGAAUUUUGGCGGGAGCCGUGGGUGAUCAAGAGUAUCGAGGAAUACCAGAACUACGUUUCCACUCGUGUCAAAGUCGGUCCCUUGCGCGACUUCACAGCACUGGAGACCAUUGUCGUGCAACACGCUUUGCUCCCAACACAUCCACAAUUCCCAGCAUCCUUGAAGCAACUGAGAAUCACGGAUUGCAACUCGUCCCUGCGGGAAAUUGCCGCGAAUAUUGCAGCCGACUGUAAAAACGGACUCUACCCCAACCUGACCGAGGUGACGGUGGUCGCAAUCGAUGUUACUAGACCAAUCAAGCUCCCCGGACAGCGUAUCCCGCCCGGCAAAACCCCCGAGCAAUGUUUUUUGAGCCUCAGAAAUCUCUUCAGCGAAACCAAGGUUGAAUUCCAGAUCCUGUCAUACAAGAUACCUGAUCUGGACGACGAGGACGACCUUCAUCUAGAUUCUGACGGUCCUGAUUAUGACGAGGAAGACUUCAUCGGUGGGAGUGAUGGUCCUGGAUCGGGAAUUAUGCGGGAUAUACUUUUCGAGUUGGUCAUGCAGCGGGCUCUGCGAGACCCAGACUUUGCCCACCUCCAGCAGUAUGCCCACAGUGAUAGGUCCUGGGAAACCUAUGAUGCUGAUGAUGAUGACGAUGAUGACGAGUAACUUCACGGAGUGAACCCUCCGCCAAAUAAAUCUAGGGACUGAUCAGCUUACCUUCUUGCAUUAACGGCAUAAGUGUUGGCUGGGCGUAUAUUUCGGGUUUAGAACUCAAAUACUCGAUCACAGGAACUAAUUUACAUUGUAAAUAUUAAUUCCGAAU